AUGGCUUUGGAGUUUGGCAAAUCUGAUGCAAAAAAGGAAAGAGUACAGGAAAGAAGUCUUGAUGUGUGUUGGUUUCUUCUAUCUGACGUUCCUCCAGGUACCGUGAUUGGACUUGACGCUAAUAUUUGGACUGUCGGACCAAACUUCAGGGGCAUUCGUGAUAUUCCGUUCGGAGUUCACUAUUUCUUUUACAAUUCUGCCUCCAUCACACCUAAUCACAGUUCAGUAUCUGGACUUCGAUGCAGUCAGUUUCUCUAUCUUAACGAGCCUCGAGUAAUUCGAAAGCGGUGGGUUAGAGAACGUGAAGAAUUCGAGGAUCAAUUGGAUGGGAAUAUCGAUGCCAUGUUAUCCAACGAAUUAGAAUUGAAUGCCUAUUUGGGGGCUUACCCUCGCGAUAGAUUUGCGAAUUGGAUUGCUCUGGCUUCUCAUAUCACUCCGGACACUAUUGAGAGAUUAACACCUUCGGGUGGUUGGAUCUAUUCCUCUGCUCAGUUUCAGUCGGAGAAAUCUGAAACCAAGGAUCGAGUCUGUUUGCCUAUUCCAUCACAUCUAAAGCGAGGCGAUGAGACAUGUGUAGACGUAUGCCGACCAGAAUCGAUUGAAAAAGACCUACUGCUACCUGUUCUGAAAACUGUUCCAGAAACUGAUAUUCACUGGACUGCGAUACCCCAACAUCCACUCUUUCCACCGGGAUCUACAUCUACAGAAAUCAGUCAGUACAAUAUCGAUCAGACAUACACACUCAAUCAUUUAAUUGCCCAAUUAGACACCUGGAAUAGCGAUAACAGUCUAGAAGACAAUGAAUCGGACACUCGCCCAACCGCAUUAAGUCGAGGUGAAUCGCGGCUUCUUGCAGAGUUUCACUUUGCUUUUGUCAUUUUUCUCCUUGGAGAAGUUUUAGAUGGUUGGUUUCAUUGGCGAAAACUCUUAUCAGUUAUAGCUAAUUGUGAAAAAGCUGUCAGAGAACGACCAACAUUCUACAAGGCCCUAAUAACCAGUCUCUAUCGCCUUUUCACUUAUAGCGAUGAAAAUGAGAAGCCGGAGGAAACGGACACAAGUGGUAAUGUAAGGGUUGCAGGCCUUUUCCAAGCUGGAAGUAAGGAAAAUGGAGAACUCGCCUUCUUUGAUGGAUGGAAGAGUUGUGAUGUGGAUGAACCUGCUUUUCUACCUCAUACCAUGACGCGUCUCUUUGGAAACAUUGCGGAAGCCGCAGAAACAGCAGAUAGGAAAAAUCAUCAAGUUAAAGAUGUACAGGAGAGAUCGGAAGGUCUAAGAAUAUGUUUGGAGAGGCGAUUUGAUGUAAAACUAACCGCCCAUCGACAACAAGGUGCUAGAGAUGAUGGCGAAAUUCCAGUUGAUGAGGUUAACUGGGAUACUGAUGAGGCACCUAUUAUUGUCAUGGAUUGA